AACAUGUCUUCAUCACUGCUCUGCUGCUGGUUCCUACUCCUCUUCAUCACCAUCCAUGCUGCCGAUGGGUUCGAGAACUAUGUAGUGGGUCUUUGUGAGUUUACCUCCCCUGAGCUGAAGGACAUCGAGUACAUUCGCUCAGAGUUUUAUAACAAAGAGGAGCUCUUCAGGUUCACCAGCAGUUUGGGGAAGUUUGUUGGAUUCACAGAUUACGGCAUCUUCCAGGCAGAAUACCGAAACAAUGAUACUGUAUUAAUUCAGGCACUGAGAGCUGAGAAGGAGAGAUACUGCCAACACAACAUUGGUAUCUUCUACUCCAAUGCUCUGACUAAAUCAGUGGAGCCCUACGUGAGGAUUCAUCUGGUGGCGCCCUCUAGUGGUGGCCAUCCUGCCAGGUUGGUCUGCAGCGCCUUCAGCUUCUACCCUAAAACCAUCAAGGUGAGCUGGCUGAGGAAUGGAGAAGAGAUCACCUCUGGAGUGGACAUCACUGAUGAACUCCCAGAUGGAGACUGGUACUACCAGGUCCACUCCAACCUGGAGUACAAACCCAGGUCUGGAGAGAAGAUCUCCUGUAGGGUGGAACACGCCAGCCUGAAGGAACCUCUGAUCACUGACUGGGAGCCUCAGUCCCAGGACGGUAAAAUAGCUGGUGGAGCUUCAGGACUUGUCCUCGGUCUGGUCUUUGGUCUGGCUGGAUUCUUGUACUACAAGAGGAAGCUCAGAGGAAGUAUCCUGGUUCCAAACCGCUGAGUCUGGAUCCUGGUUCUGGUGGACGUCUCUGCUGCUGCUUCCAGAAGAUCCCCUCUGAUCCAGAACCCCCCCACAGAGCGACCCACGGUGGAGUUAGAGGAGAUCUCAGUCCAUCAGGACCGGUUCUCUAUGGGCUUCCUUCUGCACCUCUCUGCAUUAAUCUGUUGAUUAUUUCUCAGAUUAGUCGACUAAUCAACAUUAUCUUUAUGAUCGCCAUCAGUUUCUGUUAUUAGAAAUUACAGCCUGAGUUUCUAAAUGUUUUCACUGCCUGGUUUUAUUCUGCACAUCUUUAAAAGUCAUUUUAUUGCUGAUAUUCUUUAUAUAUUAACCUUCAUUAAUGAUAAAUCCAUUAAACAUGAACCUGAAAUCUGA